AUGAAGAGGAAGAAGAGUUGUAAUCAUCCUCCCUCCAUUGAUCCCUUCUCCAAUCUAAUUGAUCCAUCUGCAGCAAGUUCAUCGCCAUUUGUGAAUAACAGUAGAGAAAAAAUGAAGAGGAAGAAGAACUGUAAUCAUUCUUCCUCCAUUAAUCCAUCCUCCAUAAUUAAUCCCAGCUCCACCAAUCCAGUUAAUCCCACCUCCAAUCCAAUUGAUCCCUCCUUCAAUGCAUCAAGUUCAUCCAACCCUAUAUCCAAUCCACCACAAGUUGAAAUCGAGAAUAAAGUUAAAGCUGAGGAUGAAGAUGAAGCCCAAGAUGUCCCAAAUUCUUCCACAUGUGGUCUUCCUCCAUUGAAUGAUCUUCCUCCAUUGACUAUAUUUGGACAUUUGCUUGUACGAAUGGGCAGAAAGAUGGAGGAAUUUGAAAAUACUCAAAAUGAAAUGAAUGAGUCUCUAAAG